GAAGCUCCGGCCCAGGUGGCUUGGGGCUUCAGUUUAGCUAGAGACAUCGUCGUGGUUUGAUCAAAGCGGAUCGAGCGGUCUAAUCCAGUGGUCUUCAGUAUAGUGCGGAUAAGAAGAAACUGAAAUCAAGAGGAUUCCUCAAUUAAAACAGCUGGCAAAAAUACAAGAACUUAAAAAACAUAAAAUCUAAAGAGAAGUAGUUUCGAAGACAAAUCAUUUCUCAAAUCCAAGCUCCCAAAAACACACUAACACUUUCGACACUACGCCACGCACACACCCAUGCAUGCAUAUGGCAUAACACACAAGCAGCAAAGGAUGUUCGCUAGCCAGAUUUGUGUGUGAAAAAAGUGAAGUGAAAGGAAUACAGAAUAUAACCAAUACCCGAUAUAUUUUCAGUUCAAAGAUUAAACGAGAAAUUGGGAGAUUUUUAAGUAAAUAAAAAACAUAAACAGUGUCAUGUAGUGAGCGACCCGGGGCAGCAUUCACAGCCCAACGCACAAAUAAAAAAAAAAAAGUUCAAACACUCAGCCGGGACAGGAUACGGAUUAGGGGAAAACAAAAGUCCAGUGGCCGGAGCGGGCGCUGCAAAAACAAAAAGUGCAACAGCUGCCCAGGAAACCAAACGGAAAACGGAACAGAGGCGACCUGAAGCCACAAAGUCCUGGUCCAAAUCCGACCCGAAACGAGUGGCGAGUUCCUCAAUUCCGGACUGAGAGGGCCCAGUUCCAAAGCUGCUGCAGUGGGAGAAUGUGCAGUACAACUCACAGGCGGCAGCUUCAAGUGGCAACUGUGGCAGCAGCGGCAAACACGACCGGAUAAUAGGUCGUAGAUGCGGUAUCCCGUAACCGAAUUUAGAAUUCACCAAAAACAGCACCAGUUCCGCAUCCAAACACUCAGUCGGCAGAACUUACCACACAGCUAACUAAGGACAGGACCCAGUGCCAGAGUGCCAGAGCCAGUGACGUCAGGUCUAAGUAGGACACCGUCUCCGUUACCGCCACACAUCGCCGCCCAUCUGCUCCAAAGCCCUGCGCAUUCGCGUCAUGGCAUCCGUUCGGCAGAACAGCCAGCUGUACCGCCCCAUCCCUAUUCCCCUGCACCUGCACUUGCCGCUGGUGUUGGUGCUGUCGCUGCACCUGCACCUGUCCGGCGUCUGCGGCGUCAUCGACCGCCUGGUGGUGCAGACGACCUCCGGCCCGGUUCGGGGCCGUUCGGUGACGGUGCAGGGGCGCGAGGUGCACGUCUACACGGGCAUCCCGUACGCGAAGCCGCCCGUCGAGGACCUACGCUUCCGGAAGCCGGUUCCGGCAGAGCCAUGGCACGGCGUACUCGAUGCCACCCGCCUUUCCGCCACCUGCGUCCAAGAGCGAUAUGAGUACUUUCCGGGCUUCUCCGGCGAGGAGAUCUGGAACCCCAACACCAACGUAUCUGAGGACUGCCUCUACAUAAAUGUUUGGGCUCCUGCCAAGGCACGUCUCCGACAUGGGCGCGGUGCCAACGGGGGUGAGCACUCCAACGGAAAGCAGGGGGAUACAGACCACCUCAUCCACAAUGGAAAUCCUCAAAACACCACAAACGGGCUCCCAAUUUUGAUUUGGAUCUAUGGAGGCGGUUUUAUGACCGGAUCCGCCACCCUGGACAUCUACAAUGCGGAUAUUAUGGCCGCCGUUGGCAAUGUGAUAGUGGCUUCCUUCCAAUACCGUGUGGGCGCCUUUGGGUUUCUGCAUCUGGCCCCGGAGAUGCCGGCAGAGUUUGCGGAGGAGGCACCAGGCAACGUGGGUCUUUGGGAUCAAGCCCUGGCCAUCCGCUGGCUGAAGGACAAUGCCCAUGCCUUUGGCGGUAAUCCCGAAUGGAUGACUCUGUUUGGCGAGUCGGCGGGUUCCAGUUCCGUCAAUGCCCAGCUCAUGUCGCCGGUGACCAGGGGCGUGGUCAAGAGGGGUAUGAUGCAGUCUGGCACCAUGAACGCACCCUGGAGCCAUAUGACAUCCGAGAAGGCCGUCGAAAUCGGCAAGGCCCUUAUCAAUGACUGCAAUUGCAAUGUCUCCAUGCUUAAGACCAAUCCCGCUCAUGUUAUGAGUUGCAUGCGUUCGGUGGACGCCAAGACCAUAUCGGUGCAGCAGUGGAAUUCGUACUCGGGCAUCCUCAGCUUUCCGUCGGCGCCUACAAUCGACGGAGCCUUCCUGCCGGCCGAUCCCAUGACGCUGCUGCAAACGGCGGACCUCAAGGACUACGACAUCCUGAUGGGAAAUGUCAGGGAUGAGGGCACUUACUUCUUGCUGUACGAUUUCAUCGAUUACUUCGAUAAGGACGACGCCACAGCCCUGCCGCGGGAUAAAUACCUUGAAAUAAUGAACAACAUUUUUGGCAAGGCAACGCAGGCGGAACGCGAGGCCAUCAUAUUUCAGUACACCAGCUGGGAAGGCAACCCGGGCUAUCAGAACCAGCAGCAGAUUGGACGCGCCGUGGGCGAUCACUUUUUCACCUGCCCCACCAACGAGUACGCCCAGGCAUUGGCGGAGCGAGGUGCCUCCGUGCACUACUACUAUUUUACACAUCGCACAAGCACUUCGUUGUGGGGCGAGUGGAUGGGCGUCCUGCACGGCGAUGAGAUUGAGUACUUCUUUGGCCAGCCGCUGAACAACUCCUUGCAGUAUCGACCUGUGGAGCGGGAGCUGGGCAAGCGUAUGCUCAGUUCGGUCAUCGAGUUUGCCAAGACGGGCAAUCCAGCUCAGGAUGGCGAGGAAUGGCCCAACUUCUCGAAGGAGGAUCCAGUCUAUUACAUUUUCAGCACGGACGAUAAGAUCGAGAAACUAGCUCGAGGUCCUUUGGCGGCCCGCUGCUCCUUCUGGAACGAUUACUUGCCGAAAGUCAGGAGUUGGGCAGGAACUGGCUGCGAUGGAAACUCGGGAAGUGCUUCCACAUCCCCCAGACUGCCGAUCCUAGGAAUCGCCGCCCUGCUCUACAUCUGCGCUGCAUUGCGAACCAAGGGGGUUUUCUAAAAGAAAACCACACCUGGCCCGAAUCCACACACAAAGGGACACAUUUAAAUACAAAAACCAAAAACAUCAAUGCCACAGCCACACACACUUAAAAUUAGAACACUUAUAAUAAUAAAAUUUAGCAAAAGGAUGGAGGACAAGAUUUUAAUGUAGGCACAGAAAUAUGUAUGAGUAUCAGAAGGCGAUUUGUUUACGGAAUUUAGUAGGAUCGGUUAGAGAGCAAGUCGAUGGCAAUUGCUGAAAAUUUGUAAAUUGAAAUUAGAGCUCGACGCACCCCAAGGAGUCGGAGCCGCCUGCCAAGCCACAGGCGGGCCGAAGACUCCAGUGACCACUGUAGCCAGAAGCCACGAGCCAGAGGCCAGGCCCAAACCCAAUUGUUUUGUCUAGCACGAUGCUAAAUUGCUUUGUUCGGAGAAUAUUGGCCAAAAUAUGGGCACGCAGAUGAGCGGAAUUUUUGAUAAAUAAUUAGAUGAAAAAUCUUUUGUCUCGCCCUUUCCUGGGGGCAGCCAAAACAGAAACAAUGUUUACAGAUGUUUAACGACGAAUUGAAAACUCGCUCAGAUGACGAAGACAGAUGUUUUUGCCACGCCCACUUUCCUGAGCGAUCAUUGAGCGCAUUUAAUGGCACAAUUUUAGACCUUAGUUUGGAAAAAGUCCUUAUUGCCUAACGAUAUUUGGCCAAAUUGCAUUGGUUUCAUACUUAGGUUGAGGGUCCGUUUAAUUUCGAUUUCUUACUUUCCCAAGGAAAAAACAAUACAAACAAAUUUUAACCACACAAGAUUCUUAUGAGAAACCCUAGAUGGACAUUUUUGGAAAAAAAUCAACAAUUGUAUUGUACAAAAAAUUGGCAUUGGUUUAUUAAAAAGAAAGCAAAACAACAAAAAUAAAAAAAAAAUAAGGAAAAUAAAAUAAAGAUGAAUAAAUGUAACCCCAAAUUAAGCACAACCCAAAGGAAAUUUUUUCGAAAUAAAUUAAAUGAAACAAGAAAAUUGAUGGAUUGUAAUAAGGAAUCGAUCGAGAAUAGAAGUUUAGUUUGGGGCGAAGACGACGAUGAUAUUUAUAAUGCAAAACAUAUCAGUAUAUUAUAUAUAUACAUAUACAUACAAAAACCAAAUAUAUAUAUACAGAUUAUUGUAUUUGUACUAAACGUUUUACAAAUUGGCUUAGUGAGACCCUGGACGGGAGAAAAAUGAAAUGAUUUGAAUACUGAAUAAUGGUAAUUAGAAAUUUUAUACACAUAGAAAAAUUGGAUCAAUGAUUUAAACACAAAAUGUAUUGUAUAAUGAGUAAAGUAUAUGUACUUGGUAUGUCUAUAUCUAUAAAUAAAUAUUGUUCAAAAAGUAAAUUGUAAUAAAAUGAGAGAUCAUUGUCAAACCCUAGAGUUCAGUGUGUGUCGCAGACUAUAUGAGAGCUAAUGAGUAAUCCUAAUUGUAAUCAGUAAUCGUAAUCGUAAUCUGUAAUCGUAUUAAAGGCAUAUCAAUAUGUAUUAACUAUGGAAAUCGAAAACUUUUCGAAAUUUACUAAGGUAAGCCACACUGAUAUUAAUUAAGUUAUUUUUAUCAACAUUUAUUAUAAUACUACACACUAUCUGAUAAUACAUAGAUCCCAAAAACCAAGUAGUAGACUUAGGAAGAACAACAACAUUAACUGUUUGCUAACAUUUGAAACGUUUUAAAACCAAACCAAUAAAUGAUGGAAAAAACCUUAAAAUCUAACAACUAAAAUCGAAGAAUCUAUAAACCUAUAAAUCCAAAGCCCAAGAAAAAAUCGAAUUAAUAAAAUAUUUAUUGUAUUGUAUUAGGUAUGAACUGUGGUCGAAGUCUAAUUGAGCGAUGUUCGCUUCACAACUGUAGCAACUAGGAAAUUAAUGAGAAUCUCUAGCCAGAUGCGAAUGCACUUAGGACACUGUAUGUCGAUUGGAGUUCAAUGCAAUUCGAUUCUGUUAUAUCUGAUAUCCGAUACUACUCGUAUUCGUACUCAACACCAACGCAAGCAACGAUAGCAAGUCACUUACUUAAACUCCCCCAAUAGUUAUGAUAAGUAUUUCAAAGCACGCAAUUAACGAAUAGUUCUGCAAUUAAAGUGAAGGGGAACGAAGCUGAAAUAUUGCAAACAGAUCCACAAUACACUCCUAAGUUACAACUUACUUUAAAAACUUCGAAAAAGGGAUUUAAUUGACAAAAAGUAUUUAAUAAUUAACGGGACACGAUAUAAAAACGCCUAUAAGAAAACGAUUUUUUAAGUAUAUGUGGAACAUUUAUAUUUUUAUACCUUGCAAGAAGCUAAAUGAAAACAAAAAUCGAACUUGCAUUAAAAAGAAGACAUUAAAAAUAUGAUGUAUUAUUACAAAUUUUUUACUAUGCCAUUGUCUAAAACUGUGUGACACUAAUAAGUGUGGGACAAACUCCAAGAUAACUAGCUUUAACCCUUAUCCUGCGGUCAACUCCGCUCCCCUAUAAUUGCACCAUGUUCGCCUCUAAAAACUAAAAAAUAAAACUUAAAAAAAAAAGAGAAAUAACUGAUUAAUGAAAAAACAAUUCUAAGACUAGACUUUGAUAGUUAAUCCAUUCUGUAGGGGCGAGUGGGCCAAAGCGAGUGCUGUCUGUGCCAGUGCCACGACCACUUGGCCGGCCUCCAUGGUCAGGUGAGGGCGGUGGCUUCAUACUGGACAGGAUUCACUUUGGCACCACUCCGAGCAUGCAUAGAUUUAAUGAAAAUUAAGGAGAAGAUACAUGAAUUUAGUGUGUACUACGCCUUCUGCCUUUGACAAAUGAAACUGGUAGAAGAUAGACGAAAUUUUUGAAUGCAAGUAUUCAUUCUAUGACUUUGUUGUCACAAUUGUAAAGUGCAUUUUUCCAUUGUUUCGUCUCACCCAAAAGUUAGGAAUAUUUUUUUGUCAUUUUGCAUGGUUUUCGGCUCAAGCCAAAGAAUUGACAAUAUAAUAUUUCGCCUUAGAAGCAAAAUAGCAAACGAAUGAAAGACAAAUUCCAAGUGUUAUGCUUAUAGAUCUAAAUUUUUAUACAUGGACAUGGACAUGGACACUUUGCCGUCUCAUUUUUAGGUGAACGUGCACUAAUCGCUAUUUGUAUGAUUUGUACAGUUUUUUAUUGCUUUCGUUGCGGUUCUUCCAGGUCAUCUUUUGAAGUAUCUACAUAUUUAUACGAAAUAGGAGAAGAACAGCGCCCCUAACCAUUACACACACGCACCACACCUGCACCUACAUCGACAUCCUCACCUACCCAACACAUCUCAGUGUGCUUUUGCUGUAGUAGUUUGCCAAUUGUAAAAGAAUUUAUAUAUAAACGAAAAACACGCAUAUUCUAAUCUAUGAUAAUAAUAAAAGCAUGUUGGUCACACUUACACCUCCGACGCCACACUCAUGCACACACAUGGCCACACUUCACAGAAGGACAUGGAAGCGUAGGUAUGAGCAGAAUCCUUAGACGGUUAGCGAUUAUUGUGUUUGCGUUAUGUAAAAAUACGCAGAAAUAAGCAGAAGCUAAAUGAGAAAUAUUAAAACCAAACAUAGUUCAAGUUUUUGUUCAAUGUGUAUUAAGAAAAGUUAAAAAUUAUAUCAGCUACGACAUCUGAUAAUAAAAUCGAAAUCUAGGCGGUAGACAAAACUCUCUGUACAAUGUAAUAAAUAUGUUGAUUGCUAUACUAUACAAUACCAAAACUACCCAUUAAACCACAUAAAGCCACACACUCACCCACACACACUGAAUCCGAAGGAAUAAUAAUAUUUAUUACGAUAUACUAAAACCGAAAAACUAAAACAAAAAAAUAGAAAAGAAACCAGGCACAGAAAAGCAUUUGAAACCAAAUAAAUUCUUAAAUUUAGCAUUAAAAUCCGGAGUUAGAGACGAACCGUACGGGAUGAUUAGUAAACUAAAAUACAGAGUCUUUUAUGUGUAAAAAUCAAAUACAUAUCAAUAUAUGGCCUAUUGUUUAUUUAGUUUAAUUAUAUAUUAUGGAUAACAGACGAAGUGACACACACUCGAGAGCAGCAGGUGUGCAGUAAGGCUCUGAUUUAUGACUUUUUAAGUAGGCAAUUUGUAUAAAUUAAGCAGCAAGCAAACACAAUACAAGCAUAUGAAAAAAAAAACAAAAACCAAACUAGAGAACGGAAAACGGAAAACAAAACAAAUUGUGGUUAAAUAUGUGUUCUUACUUGUUAGUGGUAAUAAAACAAAGGUAAAAGAGUAACAAACAAUUUAAGUAAACAAAACUGUAAUUAUAACUGUUAGCUUUUAAUCAUGCCAAGCAUUUUGAGUUUAUUCCCGCCAUUUUGGUUCACACUACCACCACCACACUUGGAUUUUCAACUGGAACACACGGAUUAGCUUCUGUAGCAAAAUAUGUAUGGUGUAGUUUCCCCACAACAAAAACAAAAUAGAAUCCCCAAACACCUUCGCCCACAUAGUCAAAGGCCUGCUCGAGCAAUGUGUAAUGUUUAGCUGCGAAACUACUUAAUAGUAACGCGUUUAAUGGCAAACAAACACUCGGACACGGCAUCACUAAUGCAAAUAAAGUUAAAAGGUAGCUAAAAAUAACAAA